AUGGGUGCCGAACGCCUGUGUCGAUGCUUCGUGUGCGAUUCCCUCGAGGUGGCGCCUCCCGGCCCUGAACCCCAACACUUCCGCCGUCGCUGGGCGCGGCCGCAGCUCGGAACGAAGGAGCGAGACGGAGACGUCCUGGGGAACGAAGGUGUCCAAGAACGUGAGGACCCACGGUACUCGUAA